AUGGCCGGACGCAAAGAAAAACAGGCUGAGGAAGUUGCCAACAUCCCCCCUCAGAUCUCCGACCUUCACUGCUUCACCGAAACCGAAGGCGUCAUUACGACAACUAUGAUGGAUCUCCCUGGAUACCGAAUCGUCCAAGUUCUCGGCGCGGUUUAUGGAAUCACUGUCCGCAGUCGGAAUAUCGCCGCCAGUCUCGGCAUGGUAUUCAAGAGCUUUGCUGGUGGCGAACUCCAGUGGUUCACCUCCAUGCUGUACUCGUGUCGAAAUGACUCUAUAAGCCGUGUGGUGGAAGAAUGCAAGCGCCGGGGCGGAAAUGCGAUUAUUUGCUUGCGAUUCGACGCUGGUGACAUGGGCGGGUUCGCGCAGACAGCGGCAUACGGGACAGCCUGUAUUGUGGAGAAGAUUGAUGACCAGGUCAGAUCGCCGCCUCAGCUGAGUGGUGCGAAGGCGACAUAG